GCGAAGCGCUCUUACCUUUUGAGUUAGGGGAAAGUGAAAAACCUCUGGUAAGCCCUUGAUUCCCGAACCAGCUCUAGAACAAGUGAAUUUAUCCAUGGCUGCCGACGGCAAUAAGAGAAAGAGGCCCAACAUACUGGUGACGGGCACGCCUGGGACCGGCAAAACGACGACGUCUACUGCUCUGGCGGAGGCCACCAAUCUCCGCCACGUUAUCAACGAAGACCUCGUGUGUGAUGAGCUUGAGGAUGCAAUGGAAGAAGGCGGAAACAUUGUAGAUUAUCACGGUUGCGAUUUCUUUCCCGAACGAUGGUUUGAUCUUGUUGUAGUUCUUCAAACCGACAACACUGUGUUGUAUGAUCGGUUGAGUAAAAGGUACCGAUGUUCUGUCCAUUAUACUCUUACCAGUCUUUUUUAUGAGUGUGAAAUAUUUCAAGUACUGCUAGAGGAGGCAAAAGAAAGUUACCCGGAAGAUAUCGUGAUAGCUUUGAAGAGCGACGACAUCGACGAUAUCACUAGAAAUGUUUCAACCAUAACCGAUUGGAUCAGGAGUUGGCCACCGACAUCUUGAACGCAUGUGGUCUCUCGUAAUCGACCU